AUGUAUGAUCCUGGGUACGGCACUGAGUACUACGGCGAGGACGAGGAUGAAUAUGCCUAUGAGGAGCAGGAGCCAGCAGCGGCAGUGGUGCCGUCUGCCAGCAUAGCGGCAGAGCAGAAAUAUGAGCAGUGCGAGGAGCACACAAUGGACAUGUCGGAGGUGCUGGCGAUGCAAGGCGCCGUGGUACGAGAGGUAGUGAACCUGACCUGUCUGUCGCCGAGUGCAGCGACGCUACUACUGUGCCGUUAUCGCUGGUCGCGAGACGUCGCAGUGGAACGCUACUUUGAAAAUUCUACUGCUGUGCUAAGCGACCUCGGAAUCACGGAGGAGGCGUCCUUGCAUGAAGCGACGCUUCUCCUCGGUGACGCUGGCGGUCCCAUCGUGUGUGGGAUCUGUGCCAUGGAAUAUAAUCCACAGAAGGUGGCGUGUCUCUCGACGUGCCAGCAUUAUUUCUGCCUUGAGUGCUGGCGGGACCACAUCAAGUCCCGCAUACUCGAGAACCUCAUCGGCACCCACUGCCCGGAGCAAGGCUGCUGCCAAGUCGUUGGGCUAUCCGUCAUGUGCGAGCUCUUCUCCGAGUGCGACGACGAAGCACAAAAUGAGGUGAGCAAAAACAUUCUGAAGCAGAUACAGCGCAAAUACCUGACAAGUUUUGUAGAAACUUGCCCCACGCUGCAUUGGUGCCCAAACCCGCAAGGCUGCGCCGCCGUGAUUUACGCCCCCGUUCCACCCCUGCAGGGACAGGGGGUUCGGUGUCUCCUGUGCAACAGGUCGUACUGCUUGCGGUGCAGCUAUGAGCCGCAUCGACCAGCCACGUGCGAGAACAUACGGCAGUGGAAGAGCUACUGCUCCAAAGAAGGUGCAAACCUCGCCUACAUUCUCAGUCGCACAAAGCAGUGCCCGGGGUGUAAGAAGACGAUUGAAAAGAGCGGUGGCUGCAACCAUAUGACGUGCAAGUGCGGGCAUGAGUUCUGCUGGAUGUGCCUAGGCCCCUGGAAGCAGCAUAGCGGAGACUACUACUCGUGCCGCAAUGUGGAACACCAUGGGGCUGCGGCCUCCGAAGAGGCCGUGGACGCCUCCAGGAGGUUCACGUACCACUACGAACGGUACACACUUCACCUCGACAGCGCCGAGCGCGAUGAGAAACUGCUCCGAACGAUGGUGCACAACCCGACGAUGCGAGAGCGACUGAUCAAGGCGCAGAGGCAGAUCGAUGAGAAUCGGGGCCCGGGAGUGGCAAGCGGAGCCUUGCAGCAGGAGGACGUGCCCUUAGUGGACCUCACAUGCGCCACAUCGGAGGUAGUUUCGCGCGUCACCGACACACUAUUCACGGCGCGUGAUAUUCUCGCCCAUUCGUACGUGGCGAUGUUUUAUCUUCGCGAGAACGGCAGUGAAAGGCAGCUAAUGGCGCAUCGCGUGGGGAAGCUGGAGGAAGCUACGGAGGCCAUGUCCGGCUCCCUCAUAAAAUUGUUCACCACUACGAGAUCACAGCUGGGCGCCUUUUUCGAUGCGGCUGAUGUGCUGGUGGCAUGGAUGAAGGCGCUGUGCGAUGUCUAG